CAGUGGCACGCAGGACAGCACCGCGUACUCCAAUGCACUCGUUCCAUAAUCUACUCACCCGCAAUUUUCGUGGAAUCUUCUAAUAUGCCCUCUGAGAAUACACACAAUGCAAUCACCGACCUCAAACAAGAUGCCUCAGUCGCCCGCCCAGUCCUCCCCGAUGACGUAAACCUGGCAACCCCAAAAGAUCCAACAGAAUCCCAAGAACCUCAACCAACUCAGGGACCACAAGCGACCAAAGAAUCUUAUGACGACUACAUUAAAAAUCUGCCACCGCCAUUCUGGAUGAACAAGGCGCCAAAGACGAAGGCAGCAAACGACGAAGCGACCGCGGCUAGAAUCAACGCUGUAUGUGCGCCAGUGACAGCCGAGCAGCGCGAAGAAGAUGAGCGUCUGAAAGCUAUGUCUUGGCGCGAGCGGUGGCGUGAGCGCAAAGCGAGACGAGAGAUCGAAAAGAAGAAUAAAGACCCCGAUUUGAGACCUGUAGAAAGGGGGAGUCGAGCACAGCUAAAUGUCUUUGGUGUCAAUACUAGGGAGAAGCAUGGAAAGCGCUGA